CAGGCAGUACCCAAUGCCCAGCCACAACAAAUGUCCAACAGCAGCUCCAUCAGCCACUUCCUCCUGCUGGCAUUGGCAGACACGCGGCAGCUGCAGCUCCUGCACUUCUGCCUCUUCCUGGGCAUCUCCCUGGCUGCCCUCCUGGGCAACAUCCUCAUCAUCAGUGCCAUAGCCUGCAGCCACCACCUGCACAGCCCCAUGUUCUUCUUCCUGCUUAACCUGGCCCUCACUGACCUGGGCUCCAUCUGCACCACUGUGCCCAAAGCCAUGCACAAUUCCCUCUGGGACACCAGAAACAUCUCCUACACAGGAUGUGCAGUCCAACUUUUUUUUUUUGCAUUUUUCAUUUCAGUAGAGUUUUCCCUGCUGACCAUCAUGUGCUACGACCGCUACGUGUCCAUCUGCAAACCCCUGCACUCCGAGACCCUCCUGGGCAGCAGAGCUUGUGCCCACAUGGCAGCAGCUGCUUGGGCCACUGGCUUUCUCAAUGCUCUGCUGCACACAGCCAGUACAUUUUCCCUGCCCCUGUGCCAUGGCAAUGCCCUGGGGCAGUUCUUCUGUGAAAUCCCACACAUCCUCAAGCUGUCCUGCUCAAAUUCCUACACUAGAGAACUUGGGAUCAUUGCAGUAACUGCCUGUCUGCUGCUUGGCUGUUUUGUGUUCAUUGUUUUCUCCUAUGUGCAGAUCUUCAGGGUCGUGCUAAGGAUCCCCUCUGAGAGGGGACGGCGCAAAGCCUUUUCCACCUGCCUCCCUCACCUGGCUGUGGUCUCCCUGUUCCUCAGCACUAUCAUAUUUGCUCACCUGAAGCCUGCCUCCAUCUCCUCUCCAUCCCUGGAUCUGGCAGUGUCAGUUCUGUACUCAGUGGUGCCUCCAACCGUGAACCCCCUCAUCUACAGCCUGAGGAACCAGGAGCUCAAGGCUGCAGUGUGGACACUGAUGACUGGAUCAUUUCAGAAACAUUAAACUGCUGGCCAGUUCCUGCAAAUCACUUGUAAUAAAACUUAUCUUUGAUACUU